CAACCCGUUUCUCUCAGUGCUUUCGAUCAGUUUAUACAAUCCAAACGCCUCUGGUAUUAGAGUCUUGACGGACUUAACAUCGUAAUUCUCUUGGGCCUUUAUAUCUGCGUUUCAUGUCUAUACCGGAUGAAUGUUGGAGCAAUCGAGUUUAUUAACGUUUUGGGCAUAUCUCAAACACAACAAAAAUCUUAUUCAUUCUACCUUGGCAGAGUUUGUCCGUGGAGCCGGACAAUAACUGGACAAUCUUACCUGGUUGGUCAAUAAUAGAUAUUUAAGUUUUACAAUAAUCUGUGGCCAUGUAUAUAGCAUCGACCAUAUAAAAGGACUCAUAUCACAAUCAUCUUAUCCAAGAGAGAACCACCAACUUUAUUGCAUGAUAGAAUAUACACUUUUCCAUCAUGGGUUGGGUAACUAUAGUUAACGGUCUUUUGGCGAUUCUAAUGCUUAUUGGAAUUUAGGUGGAGAAGACGAAUAUGACCGUGGCGAAGAGCCCCGUUGGAAGACGAUUCAGGUUGGAAUUUUCUGGGCAUAGAUAUGAGAGGAAAGGCUCCAGGUUUCUGACAGAAGUAAGAGCUGGUCUCGCCACUUUUUUUGCUAUGGCGUAUAUCAUCUCAGUCAAUGCUUCCAUUGUAUCAGGUUAGUUUUAGAAACAUAUCUCCAUAACUUCGCUGACACCUCCCAAGCUACUGGAGGAACAUGUAUAUGCCAUUAUCCUCCUGAUUCCACGGAUCCAUUUUGCCUAGACAGUUCAACGGAUCCCAGUUACCAGAUAUGCGUUCAGGAGGUCAAUCAAGAUCUGGUUACAGGUACGGCAGCGAUAUCUGCUCUAACGAGCUUUUGCAUGGGUGUUUUUGCAAAUAUGCCUAUAGCUCUAGCUCCAGGCAUGGGACUUAAUGCAUAUUUUGCCUACCAAGUUGUCGGAAUUCAUGGUCAGGGACCGGUCUCAUACAGACUAGCAUUAACAGCUGUCUUCAUUGAAGGGCUUCUCUUUGUUGCACUUUCAAUACUCGGACUGAGGCAAUGGCUUGCGCGCGCCAUACCCCGAAGCUUGAAGAUCGCCAGCGGUGCAGGUAUCGGGCUCUACCUCGCUCUCAUUGGACUCACUUACAGUGCGGGAAUCGGUGCUAUCACAGGCAGUAAUGCAGAUGUACCUCUUCAAGUAACAGGCUGUAUCCCUGAAUUCAUUGCCCCAGACGGAACAUGCACGUCGGGUAAAAUGCGAAGUCCAACCAUGUGGCUUGGCAUAUUCGGUGGGGGAAUGUUCACGGCGUUCUUGAUGAUGUACCGUGUCAAAGGUGCUGUCAUAGCAGGAAUCCUCCUCGUCUCCGUCGUUUCAUGGCCGCGCAACACUUCCGUUACCUAUUUCCCUCCCACCGCUUCCGGCGAUGCGGCCUUUGAGUUUUUCAAAAAAGUCGUCACUUUUCAUCCUAUUUCUCGAGUGCUCGCUGCGCAGGAUUGGAACAUCACUGGAGCUGGCGCAGGGCAAUUCGCUUCCGCGCUUGUGACAUUUCUUUACGUCGAUAUCCUUGAUUGUACGGGUACAUUAUAUUCGAUGGCGCGUUUCUGUGGAGCCAUCGAUGAAGAUACACAGGAUUUUGAAGGCAGUGCCGUGGCCUACCUAGUGGACGCCUUUGGUAUAUCUCUUGGCUCUUUCAUGGGCUCUCCGCCCGUCACUGCAUUUAUUGAAUCCGGCGCCGGAAUUUCAGAAGGCGGAGUAACGGGUCUCACGGCCGUCACUACCGGUUUUUGUUUCUUCAUCAGUCUGUUCUUCGCCCCGAUCUUCGCUAGCAUUCCUCCCUGGGCAACCGGCUGCACUCUCAUCCUCGUUGGCGCAAUGAUGGCGCGCGCGUGCACAGAAAUUAAUUGGCGAUACCUGGGUGAUUCUAUCCCGGCUUUCUUGACGCUAGCCAUCAUGCCUUUUACCUAUUCGAUUGCCUACGGACUGAUCACAGGAAUCGUCACAUAUACACUCCUCAAUACUUCUGCAUGGGCUCUAGCAAAGAUGUCAGGAGGAAGAAUCAUGCCACACGACUAUGAACUGAAAGAUUACUGGACAUAUAAAGUCCGAGGAGGUCUACUACCAGGCUGGGUGCGCCGCGCCACGAGGGGAAAGCGAGAUUUUUGGAGGGAAUGGGAUUUCGACGCCGAGGAGAUGGCAAGCAAGGUUGAGAGUGUGAGGGUACAUAAAACGCGGGGAAGCGUAGCGAAAAGUCACAAGAGUGCAAGAAGCCACGAUGUGGUGACGGUGAGGAAGGAUGAGAUUGUAGGGAUCCCCAGUGCGAGUGGUCAUGGAGAGAGAACGUGGGAGAUGCCCGAAAUGGCGUUUCCGAAGUGUGUGGUUGGAGGUAUUGGAGAGGCGAUUGGUGGGGAGGAGAGGAGGGAGAGUUUGAGGACCGUGAGUUCUGCUGCGAGGAGCCUGGGGAGGAGAUCGUGAUUGGGAGGUUUAUGUCAUGGGUGGUUUUGGUGGAUGGGUAAUAGCUGGUAUUGGAUAAUAUCCUGGUUGGGAGUUAAUUGGUUUUGGUUAUGAGAGAGGAGGUUUCUAGAUAUAAAUGGGAGCAUGGAUAUGGAUUGGACCAGGCGAAUGACGUAGAUAGAUUUAGCUGUUUAUAUUCUUCUUCUUCAAAACCUUUAAAGAAAUUUCUC